AUGAUGGCGGAGAUAAUGGGCUCCUUGCCGAUGGGUGUUGCCACCAUUGUUCUGGACUUCGCAGCCACAGAAACCAUGCUGUUCCUGCGAGAGCUCAGUCAGCCAUUCAAGAGAGCUAGUGAGGGCUGCUGCUUCAACAGCACUUUCCGCUUAGAGAAUCUUCUCCAGAGAGCCCAUCAUCUCGUUGAGGUCACCCCAACUUUGGCUGACGACGCGGAGCUGGCAGAGCUCUCCUCACACUUUACCAAAGAAUCGGGGCGUUGUUUGGCCUUCAGCCGGAAAAGCACAAACUUGCUCAAUGCCUUGUCUCAACUCCGCGCGGUUGAUUGCCUCAUGAGGGUCCGCCUCAAGUGGAACAGCAUUGACACAGCUGAGAAAGUUGACAAGUACCUUGACAGCCGUCUCUGUCGAACUAAGGGCUUCUGGAACAGUGGGCCGGGAAGAGACGUUUACUCUGAAACAGAGAAAGCGACUUUGCCUGCAUUGUUCUCGGCCUGCCGCUGGCUGCUUCGUGGCCUCGUAACAGCACCAGCACCAAGAGCUAUUUGCUUCUACCACGCCUUCGUGGACACAAUGGGAGCUGAUGGCAUGGGAGCGGAUGGCCUACCCAUACAGAUUCCGCUGUUGUGCUGGGAGCCUGCCCCGAAUUAA